GUUAGGGGUUUGAACUGAUUUUCACUUUGACUUAACUAUAAGUGCAAGCCAUUACAAGGAGAUGUGUCAAUUAACAAACUUUGGAAAUUGCCUGAGAAUAUGCAUCACAACCCAUUGUUAUUAAUUGUCUAAGAGUACAGCUCAAGUCAUAUUUUAUAGUUUAUUUAAUAAUUUCUUAGACAUUAAUGACUUUUUUCACGAAAUCCCUUUAACAGCCAAAGCUCAUAAUGGAAGUGAGGUUGAGGGUUCUUCGUGUCUUUAGUUUUAUGUGCACGUGUUACGUGCCUACCUCCUACUUACUAAAGGUUCUUGGCAUUGUGGGUAUAUACAUCCAAGCAUCCAAAAUGGUGGACGAGAAGUUUGAGCCAGGUGAGAGUAAUGCAAAUUGUAAUCAUAAUAUGGUCGGUAUACCUUUAAAAAUGCACCAGGAAAUUUCAUUUUAUCGCUAAUGUGUUAAUGAGAAACCCCUUUUUAUUUUAAGUGAUGAAAGUGACUGCUAAAGAGAUGGCGGACGCGAAACUUCCUUUGGCGGCCAGAGAUUACUGUGCCCACUUACUCAUUCCUCUUCUGAAGUGCAGAAAGGAUACUUACUAUUUACCAUGGAAGUGUCAUCAUGAGAAGCAUGCUUGGGAUAGGUGUCAGUACGAUGAGUAAGUAUAUGCAACAGGGGCGAAUGGGCGAAAUGUUUCACUGACUUAAUAUCUUGGUAGCUUUCAUUAUGGCAGGUCCUCUUAUAAGUCGACGCUUAUUUUGUUGAUAAAUUCCUCUUUAUGGCUCGAAUUCAAUGGCUAGAUUAAUUGGGAAUACACCUUAAAACAGAGUUAUUAGAAGGGAAAAAAGAAAAGAUUCGUAACUACGGAAUUUUUUGGACAAUGUUAUAUCGUAGUUAUUGAUGCAAGGACAUGUAUUGUGCGAUAUGUGUUCAAGCAGUGAUCGAGUAUGUCAACUGGUCUGGAUACAGAACAGAUUUCCUUCACUCCCCUACUGAUUUCUAAGGCUCUCACAUUAAAAAAAUGAGCUAGGAUAAAUAAAGAAUGAUGCAGUGAAUUUCUCUUCAUCCCCCCCUCCCUCCACUUUGUGAUCCACGUAAUUCACUCUUUUGAUCAAUAUCAACGUUCUCUUUCCCAUCAUAACAAGUCCACUGCAGAAAUAGCAACCCAACUGCUUGUAAGUCAUUAGUGUUAAAUAAGAAAUACUAUUCCCAAGUGAAAUAUUGAGUGGGAUUGCCUUGAUAUGUCGCAUGUAGUGCAUACCAUUAUGUUGAACUAUGUUCAACUAACAUUUCAAUUUUGGCUUAUUUUUGUACUUGUUUGGAACACUUAAACUUUACAAACAUGAUCUCUGCCAUGAAUCAGCUAUAGGAAGCACAAGGGCUACUGCAAUUCCCAAUGUCUGGGAAACUUAGUGUCAAUUAAUAGUAAACUAUCUAAGUAUCCAUGCAUUUAGCAUAUUUUAAGGUAAGCUCUGUCUCCUUUUUGAAACAGCUACAUGUACAGAGUGAGGGAAAAGGAACGCAGGAAACUUCAGCAGUCAGCAGAGUAAAACUCUACCAACUUUCUCUGCUACCAGUCUGUGACCUCCUGAGCCAUCUUAUGACAAAUGAUGAUACUUUUGUAUAAAGACAGCACAUGAAUUUGCAGAACCUCUGAUGGUGUAAAUUGUUAUAAGGGAAUUAAAAGUAACCAUGUUUUCCAAAUAAGACAGUUUUGUUCUUUUACUCAUUUAAAUUUAUUAGGAGAUUGUAAGAGUCACUGUCUCCUCUGUAAGAGUUAUGAGCUCAUUCAUCAAAACUUUCUCACAACACUUAACCUGAGGGAGGGACACACCGAAGAAUGUACAAGUGGGAGGAUUCAUUAACUGGG